AUGAAGAUCAUCGUGUUGCAUAGCUUUAAGGUACAGAAAAACAGGAACGGUCGAAUUUGGAUCCCCUUCUUUGGAAAUAUCCGAAGAGGAAAUCUCCGGACAACAAUGCUCCUGUUUGUGUUUUCUUUAUUUGUUACAACUGGAUUUAUUAUGAAGAUGACGAUUGACAGUAUGAAGUAUAAUGUCAGAAAGGAGUCUAACACAAUGCAGACUUCCUGUGAGAAAAAUAAAGCCUGGAAAGAUGUAUUUCAAUGUAGAGCACGUGUUAAGAAAUCAAAGAUGACCGUGCGAACGUUUUGGACGGAAGGUUUUAAAAAUCCCUGCUUUCGUAACCGGCGUAAACACGUGAUGGAUCACUCCUCGAAACUCCUCCAGUGUGUUCCCUACUUCUUUGUGAUCGGGUUCCCGAAAUGUGGAACCACAGACUUGUUUGAUCGAAUGUCACACCACCCCGAGUUCUUGCAACCGUCAUUUAAAGAAAUUCACUGGAUAUCGAGAUAUCGCUUCAUUUCACCAAGGAACGAUAGAUUGAAAUUUAUUGCCAUGAACAAAACGUAUCGUACAAAGGAUUUUGACAACGGAUUUUUUCAAUAUACCAGAGUCUUUUACCCUAUGGUGCUUGACGUGGAAAGGGAAAAGUUGCUGAAAAAUAGGACGCAUAUAGAAUACAAAAAAAUCACUGGCGAUUUUAGUCCAUCUACAAUAUGGGAUAAUGAUAUUUACUCCGCUCUACCGAUAAAUUAUAACCAGAGUGUUCCGAGGUACACGACAGCGGACUUUGUACAGCAAAUGAACGCAUGUGCAAAACUGAUCGUAUUGAUCAGGGAUCCUGUCCAAAGGCUGUACUCGGACUACCUGUUUUUCAAGGCUGCUAACAAAGGACCUGUAGAUUUUCAUAACAAAGUCACAUCUGCAGUCAGACUUUACAAUGACUGCAUCGAGAAAAGAGGAGCUGUGACAUGCGCAUUGGAUGCCACACUCGCACGAACUGUACACGUUCGUUUGCGCUUAGGAAUGUAUGUUGUUUAUAUACAGCAGUGGCUGCAGCGGUUUCCCAGAGACCAAUUUCUCUUUGUUAGACUUGAAGACUAUGCUAGAAGAACGAGAUUUGUUUUAGAUAAUAUAUUCAAUUUUCUACAAAUGGGGCCUGUUGAUAGGGAAACAAUGACAAAAAUGAUAUUUCAGAAUCCGGUAAAUACGCGUAAGGUGAACGUGGGAGGAAUGUUGUUGGAGACCCAGAAUAUCCUCACUGAUUUCUACGAACCAUUUAACGAACAACUUGCUGCGUUGCUAGGGGAUCAUCACUUCCUUUACCAUCUCUCUUGAGGGAAAUUAGCGAAGUACAGACGUUUAGUGCGAAUGAUCGUUAUCUGACAUCAUGUCAGUGAAUAUUACAGCUUAGGACGUGUUUUGUCUCAGUGCGUG